UGCUUUCCUGUGCAGCAUACCGACUCCGAGCCGCACACGUUUUCUUCGUGCUAAGGAAAAACGGAUUUGUCAGCAAUGGAGACCUUCGCCAAGCUCGUCAUCGCCUGCGUCUUCGCUGUUGCGGCAGCGGGCGGCCGCUUUGGUGCCCACCACGCCCUGCAGAGAGGCGGCUUCCGCGGAGGGCCCCUGGUUGCCGCAGCGGCGACACCAAGCUUUGCAGCAGCCGGCGAUUCCGGACCUCCCCAGCCGUACAGUUUCUCCUACGACAACACCGACGAGUUCGGAACUCAGCUUUUCCACAACGAGCAGGGCGAUGGCAGCAACACCAAGACUGGCUCCUACGGUUAUCGGGAUGCCAACGGCCUCUUCCGUACCGUGUCGUACGUGGCCGAUGAAAACGGCUACCGUGCCACCAUCGACACCAACGAGCCAGGCACCGCCCCUGGGAAUAGCGCCGACGCCGUCUUCAACGCCAACCCCGUCGCCAACCCAGUGGCCGCAGCUGCCUCUGCACCCGUGCCUUCAGGCUUCGCAAGGCCCGGUGCGGGAGGCUUCGGUGGAGCUGGCCGCUUUGGAGCAAAGGGCGCAUCGUGGUCUGGCUGACCGCUGUAGUCUUUAUCAGUUACCCAGCGGCACUUCAAGAACCGCCGGAAUGGGAUUAAUACAAGUACUAGGUGAAGACAAACGACAUUUACAUCGUGGAGCCCCAACGCCACUGCACGUGACCAG